GGCUUUUCCGCCUUCGCUGCCGCCUGUCCCCGGCUGGGAGCAGGCCCGGUCUCCUCGUCCUUGGCUGGCAGCGCUCGCAAGCUCAGGUUUUGGGUUUAACGCCGGAAAGAAGUAACAGAAAUGUGGAAAAAAUGAAUAAAACGGAUUUGCAGAAUAAAUAUCCGCAGUGGAUGCUUACACAAACUCAAGAGGGAGUUUUGGGUGAUAAAAAGAAUUCGACUGUUCAGAGGAGCGUUUUGGAAGAUGGGCUGCCGUUCCUAAAGUUCUGUGGCUCUGUUGUUUACAGCUACGAAACCAGCGACUGUUCCCUUCUUUCGGAAGAUAUCAGGCAGAGUUUAUCAGAUGGGGCUGCUGUUGGAUUUGAUAUUGAAUGGCCACCAUCGUAUAUGAAAGGAAAAAUGGCAAAAAUAGCUGUAAUCCAGAUAUGUGUAACUGAGGAGAAGUGUUAUUUGUUUCACAUCUCUUCCAUGUCAGGUUUUCCCAAGGGACUCAAAAGACUGCUCGAAGAUGAAACAAUUAAAAAGGUUGGCGUAGGAAUUGAGGGAGAUCAAUGGAAGCUGAUGAGUGACUUUGAAAUCAAACUGAAGAGCUUUGUGGAGCUGGCUGACGUUGCUAAUGAGAAACUGAAGUGUAAGGAGAUAUGGAGUCUGAAUGGUCUGGUAAAACACCUUUUUGGCAAGCAGCUUUUGAAGGAUAAGUCUGUCCGCUGUAGUAACUGGGAAGAGUUUCCACUCAACGAGGAGCAAAAAUUGUAUGCAGCCACAGAUGCCUAUGCUGGCUUCAUCAUCUAUCAAAAACUGAAAAAUAUUAAUAACAGUGACCGGAAAUUAUUUUCUGUAAGACGAGGUGACAUGUUGUCAGAGGGUGUGAAGGAGCGCUUGACUCUGCUAGCUGAAGAGAUAACAGACCUGGCUUCUCGCAUCCCUGACUCUUCUGGACAAAUUGAAAAUUUGCAGAGGGCUGCAGAAAUACUGGCUGACAUAUCGGAGAAUGUAAAUACCUUAAGAAGCACUUUGUUUGGUUCAGGUUCCCCUUCUGUACUGGAGAGGAGCUGUGGCCCAACUACAACGAAUCUUGAGGCAGAGUCAGCAAAUGCUGAAGUACAAAAAGUUGAAAUGCCUGAAUUUGCUAAACAACUUGAAGGUGACUUCAACAUUUGCUCUGAUGCUACACUAGCUGGCCUCUGGGAGGGAGAUGGUAAUGAAGAAGAAGCAGAGAGAGGUAACGCUGCUGUGGAAGAUGGAACGGCAGCAGCCAGCUCUAAGGACGAAGCAGAGAGAGAUGACUUCAUGUCACUAGACAUUACUGAGCAAGAACUUCAGAUCUUGGAAAGUCAGGCUGCAAAAGAAUUGGUCGACAAAGCUGUGCCUGAGGAGGCAUGCUCCACAGACAACGAACAAAAUAUUUCUUGUGUCAUUGAAAGCGAUGAAGAACUGGAAAUGGAGAUGCUUAAAUCUUUAGAAGAUGUAGAUGAUGCCAAAAGUGUUCUAACUGAAAGAGAGUCCGAUAAAGCCAGGAAAACUCCUGACGCAGAGUUGAAUGUUGCACUAGAUGGUGAUGAAGAUGAAAACAUUGAGGAAGAAGAGGAGGAAUGUUUUGGUAUGUUUUAAAUUAUAGUGUAUGAUAAAAUCAAACAAAAUCCACAGUCUGUAGAAGCAGAUGUGGAAGCACAGGGACGUUUUGUGCUUGGUUUCUUAAAGUAGAAG